AUGGAAUCGCGAAACAGCUCGAGCAGUUCUUCUCGAUGCGUCGGAGGCUGUGGCUUUUACGGCACAGCGGAUAAGCAAAACAUGUGUUCUAAGUGCUUUGAUGCGUAUCUGAAACAAGAGACCAUUUAUGAAACAGCCUGUCUUUCUAUUUACGAUAAGGUUGGUUCUUGUGAUGAACGACCUUCAUUUAUUUGCGUUGAUAAGACUGAAAAAGUGACUGAGAGUGAUGUUCCUGCAUCAUCAGUAUCGUCUUCGAAUGCGACGAUGAAGAAGAAUAGAUGCGAGAGCUGCAACAAGAAACUCGGACUUUUAGGGUUUUCGUGUCGCUGCGGAAAGGUAUUUUGCGGGACGCAUCGGUAUGCAGACGAGCAUUGUUGCAGCUUUGAUUACAAGAAGUUUGGUCGUGAUGUUUUGGUUAAGCAGAAUCCAGUGAUCAGUGCUGAUAAACUUGAUGACAGGCUUUGA